AUGUGUGUACCAUGUGCGCAGCACAGAGAAAAGUCCCCUUUAACCCCUGUCCCCUCGCGCCACCUCCCUCUGCGCUCGUCCCCGCACAUGCACGCGCGCUCCCGCCUCUUCCAAAUGCGCGUUCCCGCUUCCUCCCUCUCCUCCCUGUUUGUGUGUGUGAACUAUAAUCAUAUGACAGCAGCAUUCCGACACCAGCUCUCUCCGCUCUCCCAGCUCUCCCAGAUCUCUCCCCGCUCUCUCCCCGCUCUCUCCCCGCUCUCUCCCGGGCCUGAGGAUGUUUGCAGCCGCUGGGCGUUGGACACGGGGCUGGUGCGUCGCUGUGGAGGAAUCCGCUCCGUGCGUGUGGGAUGGUGUCUCUGCGCCGGCUGCAGCGCGCUCCAAACUCCUCAGACCCGACACCGCGGCGGAGAAUCGAUUACAGCGCUGGUUUAUUCGGCGAGUCGGUUAAACACGGAUCCCCGGGUCGCCAUGGUCGGGGAAAGCGAAGUGAAGGAGCGGCCCAAGUCCAACCCCGACUAUCUCAUGCAGCUGAUGAACGACCGCAAAGUCAUGAGCUCUCUGCCGAACUUCAGCGGCAUCUUCACGCACCUGGAGCGGCUGCUGGACGAGGAGAUCGGUCGUGUUCGUAAAGACAUGUACAACGACACGGUGAACGGUGGGAUGUUCGCUGGUCGUGAAGAGGAGCUUCCUGAGGCUGUGGGACCAGUGGCUCAGCUGCAGGAGAAGCUCUACGUCCCUGUCAAAGAGUACCCCGACUCUAUAGGAGAAACACACUUAGAGGCGCACAGAGAGGAGCACAGAGAGGGCCACAGAGAGGGCCACAGAGAGGGCCACAGAGAGGGCCACAGAGAGGGCCACAGAGAGGGCCACAGAGAGGGCCACAGAGAGGAGCACAGAGAGGAGCACAGAGAGGAGCACAGAGAGGAGCACAGAGAGGAGCACAGAGAGGAGCACAGAGAGGAGCACAGAGAGGAGCACAGAGAGGAGUACAGAGAGGAGCACAGAGAGGAGCACAGAGAGGAGCACACAGAGGAGCACAGAGAGGAGCACAGAGAGGAGCACAGAGAGGAGCACACAGAGGAGCACAGAGAGGAGCACAGAGAGGAGCACACAGAGGAGCACAGAGAGGAGCACAGAGAGGAGCACACAGAGGAGCACAGAGAGGAGCACAGAGAGGAGCACACAGAGGAGCACACAGAGGACCCAAUACCCUAG